CGUCACAUCCGCUUUCUCGAUGCCCAAAGUGAACGUUGGAGAGCAAUGGCGGCGUGCCGGGGAUCCUCGUCGAAAUGGUUUUUCACCCGGGAGCAACUCGAAAACACACCGUCCCGCCGAUUUGGAGUAGAACCAGACCGGGAGCUGUCCUACCGACAACAAGCGGCGAAUCUGAUCCAAGACAUGGGUCAGAGACUCAACGUCUCCCAAUUAACAAUAAAUACAGCUAUUGUUUACAUGCAUAGAUUUUAUAUGCACCACUCUUUCACCAAAUUCCACAGGAAUACAAUAUCUCCAACCACCUUAUUCUUGGCCGCAAAAGUGGAAGAGCAACCUCGGAAACUCGAACAUGUGAUCAAAGUUGCACAUGCCUGCCUGAAUCCCCAAGAAUCGCCUCUAGACACAAAAAGUAAUGCAUACCUCCAGCAAGCUCAAGAGCUGGUGAUACUUGAAUCCAUAGUGCUGCAGACCCUGGGCUUUGAAAUUACUAUUGAUCACCCACACACUGAUGUGGUGAAAUGUUCCCAGCUAGUGCGAGCAAGCAAGGAUCUGGCACAGACUUCCUAUUUCAUGGCUACCAACAGUCUACACCUCACUACCUUCUGCCUCCAGUACAAGCCCACGGUGAUCGCCUGCGUGUGCAUCCACCUGGCAUGCAAGUGGUCCAACUGGGAGAUCCCAGUUUCCACUGAUGGCAAACACUGGUGGGAGUAUGUGGACAGCUCUGUCACACUUGAGCUGCUUGAUGAGUUGACCCACGAGUUUCUGCAGAUUCUGGAGAAGACGCCCAGUCGGUUAAAGAGAAUACGCAACUGGAGGGCAACACAAGCUGCCAAAAAGCCCAAGUCUGAGGGCAACCAGUUGGCAGAUAAUUCCUUUGCCGGGCCUUCCAUGCUCCAAGACCAUUCCCUUGGUGAUGCCUCGCUCCUCGGAGUCCCAUCCUCAAACCCAAGUUUUUCCAAAGCGGCCGCCACCUUCACUGUCCCAAUGCCUGGCCAGUCUGGAGGUGCAUCUCUAUCUCUGGACGCCAUGGCUGGCACAUACAAUCCAGCCAGCCACAGCGAGUGGCCCCAGGGCAACCAGAGCCAAGCAGGGUACUCUUCCACCUGUAUAAAAACGGAACCCCUCAGCAUCCCUCAUCAAGAGCAGACACUGUCCUUGCAGACCUCCGCUUCCUCAUUGCUUCAGCAUCCACCGGUGUACAGAACUGAGAAAACAGUAGACUUCAACCCCGUCAAACAGGAACAAAAAGGAGCUGGUGGGAGCGGAGUAGGCAAGCAUCCGCCACCACCUCAGUCUGCCUACCCUCCACCAGCUCAGCCUCCUCUGCCACAACCUUCUCCAGCUCAGAAACUGUCUCUUGAUAAAUACAGAGAGAAACAUGCUGCAGAGCUGGCUGUGUCUGGGCAGAAACGCAGGCAGGAGCAGCAUGGAGUAAUGGAGAGCGAUGUGAGGGUGGAUCUAUCGUCUUCCUCCUCCUCUACCUAUGCACCAUCCUCUAUGAGCCAAGUAGACCAUAGAAAACAUUCACAGCCCUACCAAGUGUCCCUGCAUGUCCAUGGUGGUGCUGGCAGUACCACUGCCUCCCCAAUGAAAAGUAAAGUUCCUUCCUCAGCUUCAGGGCAAGAUAGACGUCAUCACAGUGACAAACGGGACAAAGGCUCACUAAAAGUCCGCCUGGCUGUCCCUGGGUCUGGCGGCAGCUCCCAGCUAGAUAAAAGUGGACCAUCAGGCAAAGAUGAGCUUAAGAUGAAGAUAAAGGUUUCAUCAUCUGAGCGCCACAGCUCAUCAGACGAAGGCAUGGCAGCAAACAACAAGAAUAAACAUUCCAGCCCGCUGGUGAGCAAGGACAAACAGCAUCGUGGAGCGGAUCACAACCUUCACCGCCAUCACAAGCACAGUCACCCCCACACACACAGCGGAAACGGACGAGGAGGACCAGAGGGGCCAGGUGGCGGGGGAAGCCUGCCGCGGGGUCCUGCAGGACUGGUCAGCAUGGAAGUGACGACGCUCGGUCAUCCCGGAUCCACCUCUUUGUCUUCAUCCUCAUCGCGUAAGAGGGCAUACGCCGAGGCCAGCCACAACCACCACCCUCCCUCCUCAUCCUCCACUUCUAGCUCCAAACUGAGCAAAAUCUCCAAGGGUGGCACUGGUGCUGCAGGUGGGCUGCGGACCUCUCAGCAGUACCUUCCUCCUAGUGAAUCGCCACAUGAAGUGGGAGAGCAGAGACACUGAGUCCACCACACUCUGCAGCCAUGGCCAUCACAUGGAAAUGGCAACAAACUACCCACAGUUGAAACUAAAGACUAUGCUCACCUCCCUGUUAAGUGCCCUAGGAAAAUAACUCUUUAUGUGAUGAUAAACCCUUUACUGAAAGGCAGAAAAACUGCAAAAAAUGAAAUGUAUUGUUGGACUUCUCAGUUUCUGAGAGACAAGAAAGGUGAAAAAUUAUGCUUCCUGACUGUCAGACCUGUGGGCUGUGAUGCUCAGUCCCAUCUUUCUGUUGGUGUCAAAUUGCUGCUUGGUUCUCCUUUCUCCUCAAAUGGGUCUAGGAAUGUGUGUUCGUGUGUGUGCGUGCGUGCGUGCGUGUGUGUGUGUUUGUGUGCGUGCGUGUGUGUGUGGUGGGGAGGGAAUGAGUGUGUAUUUACAUCGAAGGGAAGUCCUUCCCUGUAUUUCAGAUCUCCAUAUGAGAAAACAUAAGUAUUACAAGUACUAUAAAAGACAUGGGGAUAUAGUGCAUAUUCUAUGUCUUUCUUCAGUUUCUUCCUCUAUUUUUUUUUUUUAAUUUUUUUUUUUUUU